UAAAUACUCUGCCGAUUUGUUCGUUCCUACGUAAUAAAAUAAUAUUGUUCGUGUGUAAUUUUUCUCGUGUAAACGUGUACGUCAUUUAAAACGCUUUAGAUCGUAGAAUCGUACGGCGUACGUGGAGGUAGGCCGAACAGAAUUUAUUACUCCUGCCGUCGGGGACCAUUUCGUGUUUUGUAAAUACGUACCUACCGAUCGAACGAACAAAAGUACUCGACACCGAUUUAUAAUCAAAGACCGCGAUUACGGGAGUUCCGCGUAGUCGGUCGUCUUUUGUUUUCGUCGUAGUUUAGGUUAUAAAGAAUAAUAUUAUUAUAAUUUUUUUUUACCGUUUGCGUUUGUCCGGCUAAAUAAUAGAUAGGUAAGCGCUAUUCGAACAUCCAUUUUCAACAGUACCUAAUAUCUCAUCGGAUUUUUGACUUUUUUCUUAUUUCCGUUAAACGCUUUGCCGAUUUAUUCGUUCCUACGUAAUAAAAUAAUAUUGUUCGUGUGUAAUUUUUAUCGUGUAAACGUGUACGUCAUUUAAAACGCUUUAGAUCGUAGAAUCGUACGGCGUACGUGGAGGUAGGCCGAACCGAAUUUAUAAUUCCUGCCGCCGGGGACCAUUUCGUGAUUUGUAAAUACGUACCUACCGAUCGAACGAACAAAAGCACUCGACACCGAUUUAUAAUCACAGACCGUGAUUACGGGAGUUAACGUCAUAGAUAUUAUAAUAUCAGCUAUGGUUCACGACGUAGUCGGUCGUCUUUUGUUUUCGUCGUAGUUUAGGUUAUGAAGAAUAACAUCAUUAUAAUUUUUUUCACCGUGUCCGUUUGUCCGGCUAAAUAAUAAAUAAGCGCUUUUCGAACAUCCAUUUUCAACAGUACAAUAGUAAUAUCUCAUCGGAUUUUUGACUUUUUUCUUAUUCCCGUUAAACGAUUUGCCGAUUUAUUCGUUCCUACGUAAUAAAAAUAUUGUUCGCGUGUAAUUUUUCUCGUGUAAACGUGUACGUCAUUUAAAACGGUUUAGAUCGUAGAAUCGUACGGCGUACGUGGAGGUAGGCCGAACAGAAUUUAUUACUCCUGCCGUCGGGGACCAUUUCGUGAUCUGUAAAUACGUACCUACCGAUCGAACGAACAAAAGUACUCGACACCGAUUUAUAAUCACAGACCGCGAUUACGGGAGUUCCACGUAGUCGGUCGUCUUUUGUUUUCGUCGUAGUUUAGGUUAUGAAGAAUGUUAUUAUGAUUUUUUUUCACCGUGUCCGUUUGUCCGGCUAAAUAAUGAAUUUAGCGCUUUUCGAACAUUCAUUUUCAACAGUACAAUAGUAAUAUCUCAUCGAAUUUGUGACCGUGAAAUCAAAAAAUUUAUGUUCGUCUCGGUCUCGUUCGUGUGAUUUGUACAGUACUCGGCGAGAUUGCAGUAGACAUAUUGUAUGACUGGAUUGACUACCACGAGAAAACGUACACAUCCAAACACAAUCAUCGGUCUAUGGGAUACCGGAAUACAUGUGUGGUAUACAUUCCAAGAAUUAGUGAUCGAGGCUGCUCACGUCCAUUGAUCGAGUUCCAACUGCAUACAGUACAGAUAACUGUCUACUGAUAAUCCUAACUUCAAUAUCCGCCUUGUCAAAUUGGUCUCUGUGUGGUUGAACUUUUAUAUUAAUCAUAUUAACUUUAUUUUUGAUAAUAGUUUAUAAUACUACCUGUGUUGUAAAAAUGCAUAAAUGUAUAGUGUGCUUCAAUACGUAUGAUAAAACAAAGGGCCGUCAUCGAGCAGUUAUUUAUCAUGGAUUUCCAAAAGAUCCAUGCAUGAGAAGAAAAUGGCUUAGAGUUUUUGGGAUUGAUCGUUGUUACGAUUGGCAACGUAUAUGUAGUGAUCAUUUUUUAGAAGAAAACUAUAAGCCGGGAAAAAAGAAAUUUUUAUUUUCAAAUGCUAUUCCCCAACCUUAUCAUCAAAAUGGUUUUCCUUCUGAUUAUGCUACUCAAAGUAAUGAUGUUGUAACUGGAAAUAAUGUAAUUUUACCAAUGGAACAAAAUAUCAUACAAAAUUUGGCUUAUUAUGAUGAAAGUGAUUGCAUAGAAUCUGAAUUUUACAGAGAGGAACAAAUUGGAAAUUCUGUUAUUAAUAAUUUUAAAUCAAGACGGUCAUCUACACCUACUGGAAACAAUGAGGAUAUGAGUAAUAAAAAUAUGCCGGACCAUACUUUAAGAUCUGGAUUACUAUGUUCUGUUAACAAUUGCUUUAAUAAGCAUUCAAAGAAUAUUAGUUUCUUUGGCUAUCCCAAGGAUUUAACAUUGAGAAAAAUGUGGAUAGAAAGAUGCAGAAUAAAACAAGAUCUUGAUAAAAUAGUAACGAGUACUACAAGAGUUUGUAGUAUUCAUUUUAAACUAGACUGUUUUAUGAAUACUGAAUUAAAGAACAGACUAAAACCAGGUUCUGUUCCAUCAUUAUUUUUAGAUAAUGCAGAUAUAAUAAAUACAAAAAAUAUUCCAUCAACAAGUUCCCGUUCAAAUAAAAAAUCAUCUACUUCAUCUUCAAAUAAUUUAAAGGAAUUGGUAACCAGCACAUAUCCCAUAAUGUUUAUACCCAAAACAGGAAAUAGGAUCUUAUAUUUUCCAUCCCACCAAAACCGAAUUCAUCGAGGAUACAGAGAUAUACUCUCUCAUGAUACACCAAAUUAGUCAUAUAAAUGCACUAUUUUUAUUGUAAAUUUGUAAAAAUUAUUUUAAAAUUUUGUUUGUAAAUAAUAAAUAGUACUUACUAAGUAAUAUUUACUUGAAAUAGGUAAUUUGUAAUAAUAAUUGUUUAUAAAAAUAAAAACAAUCAAUUAACUAGGUACCUAGGUACCUAAUUUCUUUAUAAUUUUUGUAAUAUACUUUUACAUCAAAUAAUAGUCAAAAUGAUCAUUUUGACUGAAUCAAAAUGCGUCUAGACUCUAGACCACUACAACUUUUACAAAGAAAAAUUGUUAGGAUAUGUUUAAAUAAAAAUACUUUAAUAAUUGGUUCAACUAAAAAAAACUUAAAGUUAUUAGAUGUGUUACCAUUUGAGUCUGUAUAUAAAAAAAUAACUAUUGUAUAUAUAAUUAAAAACCUUGAAUCCUUUUUGGAUAUGAAAAAAGGUAAUAAUUAAAAGAUAAAAUAUGGCAUUUGAUGUCAGAAUGGAGUAUUCUAUACAGAAGGGAUUCGUACAACUGCAGCGAAGAAAGGCGUAUCUUUGUUUUUACAAAUUGUUUUUGGUUUUUUUGAAGUUGUCAUAAUUAUUUUUGUGUAGUUCCCGCGAAAUCGGUGGUAAUUUCAUUUUAUUGUAUAGGACGUAUUUGAUUGUUUUAUGCUACUAUCAGUAACCACUAACCUUAAUAUUAUGGAAAUGAAAAAAAUAUCAGAUUUGGUUAUUAUCAAUACUUGAAUAAAUAUAGUAAAUAAUUAUAUUUAACUAUAUUGUAGUUUAAUAUUAGUUAUAAGCAUUCUAAUUGUAUACAUAGAUUGAUUAUUCAGUUCUUGUCCGCUUUUAUUAUUUAUAAUUACAUUGUUCAUAUUAUGUUAUAUAACUCUACCACCAGUGGCGUAUUUUGGGGGGGGUGUCCACGGUGUCUGGAC